GUCACUGGCCGUGCAGCCACCAGAUCCAUGAGAUUCUACACCGCCGGUGCCACCGGAGCCACCCGUCAAGACGGUUCCACCGACGCCUUCAACAAACGUGAGAAAGCCCAGGAGGACCUGUACAUCAGACAGCACGAGAAGGAACAAUUGGAGGCUUUGAAGGAGUCCUUGAAGAAGCAGAAGGAGAGCUUGGACGAGUUGGAGAAGAAGAUCGAUGACCUCACCAAGUAAAGAGCGUGUGUCCUUUAGAAGGGGUUGUCGCAGUGGCGGAUGCUCUUUGGAAUGGCAAAGAGGGAUGCCAUUGGACAACGGACGCUUAUCUUUUAUAAGGGAAGACUAAAAAAACAAGGAUGAAUUCUUCACUCUCACAAUUUCAUGACCUCAUGUUCUCACUUGAUCAACAUCAA